AUGCCAGCAGAAGCCAUGAAUAUAGAUCAAAUCGAGAGCCCCUUGACUGCCGAGCAUAUCAAGGCGCAGGCGAACCAGGAAUACAAACUUGGCAAUUAUGCAGCAGCGGUCGACCUCUAUGGCCAGUCAAUCAAGAUGGAGCCAUCAAAGGCAACCUACUACGGAAAUCGGUCGGCUGCCCUGAUGAUGAUUAAAAAGUACGCCGAUGCAGCAAAGGAUUGUCAGACUGCCGUCCAACUGGACCCUUCAUUUGUUAAGGGAUAUCUUCGUGGAGCCAAGUGUCAACUGCAACUUGGAAAUGUGAACGAGUCGAUCCGAUUGUACACCAAGGCGCUCGAGAUGGAGCCCAACAACGUCCCGGCCGCCAAGGAGUUGGCCUUGGUCAACCACGUCCAAGCCCAGAUCGACCAGAUUCAGAUGUACAUGAACAACAAGCAGUUCGGUCUCGGUGCAAAUGCCUGUGAUCGUCUCUUGAGCAUGGUCGACGCUGUGCCAAGAAAGUGGAUGAUCUGGAAGGGAGAAUGCCUAAUUGGCAAGAAGGACUUUAGCGGUGCUAGCUCGGUUGCAAUGGAUCUUCUCCGUCAGGACGCACAGAACUCGGACGCCAUCUAUCUCCGCGCCCAGGUUUUGUAUAGUCAAGGCGAGAAUACUAAGGCCGUAACGCACUGCGCUGAAGCACUACGAUGCGAUCCUGAUUGCUCCAAGGCACGUGUGCUCAUGAAGAAGGCCAAGAACCUUGAGGCGCAAAAGACGGCUGGUAACGAUGCCUUCAAGGCUGGCAAGCUGCAAGAGGCAUACGAUCUUUACACUGCAGCGCUGGCCAUCGACCCCGAGAACGAGAGCACCAACAGCAAAUUGUAUUCAAACCGAGCAACAGUCUUGGCGAAGUUGGGACGGCAUGAGGAGGCCAUCAAAGACUGUGAUGCAAGUUUGAAGCUCGAUUCAUCGUUCGUCAAGGUGCUACGCAAGCGUGCCGAGUGCCAGCUCAAGCUAGAGAAGUACCAGGAGGCAGUCAAUGAUUUGAAGGCUGCAUUGGAGUUUGAUAAGAGCAACAGAGACGUCCGGAGGGAGCUCCAGGCAGCCGAGCUAGAGUUGAAGAAAUCGCUGCGUAAGGACUACUAUAAGGUGCUCGGUGUCACGAAGGAUGCAAGCGACAGUGAGAUCAAGAAGGCGUACCGGAAACAGGCUCUCAUCUACCAUCCAGACAAGAACGAUGGCGAUGCAGCAGCCGAGGCCAAGUUCAAGGACAUCGGGGAGGCUUACGGUGUCCUGAGUGACCCAACAAAGAAGAGCCGCUAUGAUUCCGGCAUGGAUAUCGAGGGCGGUAUGGGCGGUAUGGACGAUUUCGGUGGCAUGGGAGGCGGACCAGACGUGAACUCGAUGUUCUAUCAGAUGUUUAUGAACCAACAAGGCAUGGGUGGUGGUGGUGGUGGUGGUGGUGGGUCUCCCUUUGGUGGAUUCGGUGGCGGGUCACCCUUUGGUGGUGGCGGUGGAUUCGGGGGUCAUGGUGGGUCACCGUUUGGCAGCCAAGGCGGCCGCGGUGGCCGCCAGCAGCACGGCUUCCACUUUGAUUAA